AUGGCUUCCGAACGGGAUGAGAGAGACGAAUACAGGGCCAGGGCGGAACGCCAAUUGAACAGCGCCACGCCCACGCUUAUGGACUCUCCCAUACCUCCAGUCAGAACCCCAAAUGGUGUCCACAGACACUCGUACCAAGGCAUACCCGAUUCGUUGUUGGACAAGGCAGCAGAGGAGUUGUCCAACAUCACGUCGUGGCAAGUGCCAGCAGUGAACGCGUCGUUUGCCGCCACUGGUGACAUUCACGAACAACGAACCCAAAGGCCAGCAGACAUCAGAAAACUCAGCAGCGCCAACUUCUCGUCCGACUCGUUGGUGGACCCAAAUCCCGCUCCAUUGACCCCCACCAUCAACUCGGUGGGUGGCUCCUACAGCCCUGCCACCAACACCCGCCGGUACUCCAACUCGUCGCGCCCCAGACCCAAGUCUGCUGUGUUCAUGAUGGACUCCAACUUCGCCAUCUCUGAAGACGGCAGUCCCAUCCAGUCGCCCAUUAGCAAUACCCCAAGAUCACGAAACUCGGUCCACUUUGGCCAGAGAAACUCUUACAUUCCUAACACCACCUUCCCUCCUACAGGACCCGUAGCUAUGCCUCCUCGGUCCUCGUCGCCCACUAGAUCCACCUCCCCAUCGAGACAGAGUAGGAACUACCGCUCCAAGUCCCCUGUGAGAAGGCUGUCCUCGCCUUCAAAGACAUACCUGCCUUUCAACUUCCAACCCCAAGAAAUGAUGCUCCAGAAUAACAAUUCAAACCAGUCUCUUCUGCUCAAACCAGCACACAGAAAGGGGCACAAGUACAAACACUCCUCGGUUUCUAUGAACUUGUUCCAAGAACCUCCACCUUCCUUGGCCACAGACAACCAACUACUCAAGAUCCCCAGUCUGUACCCAAUCCCAAACUUCAAAGAAUCGUUAGCAUCGAUCACUCCAGCCCAAAAAUUGAAGGUUAGCUGGUCUUUCAUUCAUCUUUCUUUGUCCCUCAUAGUUUUCCUCAUAGGUCUCAGGUACAAGCUUUCUGCGUUGUCAACAUUGGCCCAUCUCAUCUUUUACGACUCGAUUGGUUCAAUCGUGAUUGUAUUCGUGGAUAUCAUGUCAAACUUUGAGGUCUGGAACAACUCUUCCAUUACAUAUCCUUUUGGGUUAGGAAGACUCGAGGUAUUAGUAGGUUUCGCAUUGAGUGCAUCUUUGGUGAUGGUGGGCUUCGAUCUUGUUAGCCACUUUGUUGAAGAAUUCAUAAUCGAGCUUGUGGUCGACCCAGAUGCUGCUGCCCAUGGUGAACAACACAACUCGCACCAUAUCCAUGGUGAUGGUGGUGGAAUCACCAACUGGUUCACCUACGAAUUGGUUUUGAUUGUCACCAUGGUUGUCACGUUGAUCACCUCCAAUUACAUUUUGGCUUACGAAAAGAUCAAUGAAAUGAUUUCUUCUCAAGAAGAGAAAUCGUUUAUUACCGAGAAAUCCAGAGAAAAGAGUGGGAUCUUGGGUGAUACCGUAAAGAAUACGAGUGCCCCCCAGAGUGUCAUUUCGGAUUUGAAAAAAUAUGUUGACGUCUGGACCAAGAACCCUACUCAUUUCUUGACCUUGAGUUACUCGACGUUCUUGAUGAUCAUUCCAGUUAUUCCUCUGAGUUUUGACUCAGAGACCGUGGACUUGAACGAGAUGGCAUCGUUGAUCGUUGCACUUUUGUUGUGUUACACUGGCUGGAGAUUGGUCAAAUCCUUGGGGGGUAUUUUAUUAUGCUCCUAUCCUCAUUCAGACUAUGACUACCACAAAUUGAAGUGCAGCAUUAUGGACCAGAUUCUCUCCAUGGAUUUCUUCAAGCACACCUAUACGGUAGAGAAGUUUUUCAUCACCAAAUUCAACUACCAGUUGUUUGUUGUUGGCCUUCAAAUCAACAUGAAGGGUGCGUCCAACGACGAUGAAUCGAGGCUCCGGUUCGAAAUAGCCAGGAUUGUGAAGAGAGAAAUAGAGAAGAUUGAUACUCAUAAAAAUACCAAGAUCGAGAAUACCAUAGACAUAAAUAGAAUUUAG